AUGGCAACCUCAUAUUUGAGAAAAGAUGCCAGAAACGAAAGAGCCCUAGUUUCAUUUAGAAUAGUUCUCCCUGCAACGACAACACCACAAUCUGUGCAUUUACUAGGAUCAUGGGAUAACUUCCACACACCUAUCGCCAUGGAACAGGAUAUUCGCGUUGGCAGAGGAGUUUGGAAACACAUGAUUACCGACAAGGGCGGACUUGAGAUGGGUUCUGAAUUUACAUACUAUUUUCUGCUGGAUCAAAAGCGUUACAUUUCAGACCCCGGCUCACCACCAGAAUAUACAACUGUUGAUAAAAAAACAGGUCGGAUUGUGUCUAUCCUUCACGUACCGACUGAACUUCCACCCUCGACCGCGAAACCAUCCCCACCUCCCUCCUCACAUGUUUAUAUACCUGCAACUACGAAUGUGUCUCCGGCAUCCCCACUAGAUGAGAGGGAGAAAACAAUAUCACCAGUUGGUAUUAUCGGGGCCUCAAUUUUUGCAGGCAGUGGAAGUAGAGGGAAGGAUUUCGAGGAGCCUAGGAGAGUGCCAGAGCACCCAACACAUUCUCGUAAUGGCUCCGGGAGCUUGAGGGACAGAAUCAAGGAAAGGAGUGUUCGCCGUGUCUCUUCAAUGUUCUUUGGCGGUGAAACCGAUGGGCCCGCAAUUGAGGAAAAUCCUUCAAAGAGAAGAUGGUCUCUAGUGAAAAAAACGUCAGGUUUUUUUCGUAGGAACAGGGUCGUGUCGGAUGCUGGGUAUAAAAUAACUCAAACAACUGACAAGACGGGAGAAGAUGUCACACUCACCAAAAGGGCACCUGCCCCUUUAGAAUCUAACCACAGUGUUACAGACAUUGUGGGAUAUUUAAGAGAAGACACAUCAAUUGAAGCAGCUCAAGAUACACUGUCACACCUCACGCAACCCCCACGGGCUUACUACCAUUCUCCUGUAGCAACAGCAACGAACACAUACGUUUCUACUAUACCUGAUAUGCGUCCACAAAUACCAAGAAGCAUCUCAGACUCUAGCAAGAAAACAAACGAAUCAACAAUUACAUCACCCUCAAUAGUAGAAUCCAUGUCGUCUAACUGCUCAUGCAAUGAAGGAUCGGUUUAUUCCUGCGCAUGCUCUCCCAUGGUUCAGUCUGCGUUUUCGCCUGAGAGCUGUUCUAGUGAAGACGACGAAGAAGAAGAGGAUGCAUACGAGGUCGAGACACCUGUGGAUGGCCUUGGUAUCACCACCCCUUAUCCUUAUCAGCAGAACGAACGUGUAUACCCACAAUAUUACAACUUCGAUGAAAUUUCCGGUCAUGUGCCGGGUGGAAACAGAGAUAUCGGGAAAUAUGCCGGCGAUGUGAUCCUGAAUGAAGCCUCAUAUUCGGGGAUGUCUGCCCCGAAGCCGCUUGCUUGCCUACGAGAGGAGGUUGCUGGUGAAUUAGCAUGGAGAGACGAAUUGGUUGAUGAGUUGGGCUACUUAGGCGGCGUCGUGAUUUAG